ACUUACAUGCGCAAAGAGCAGCAUGGUCAUAGUUUUUGAAAGUUGUCUGUAAAAUCCGUCCGACUAUAGAUGCCUGGGAGAAACUGUUGCGUACAAAACUGUUUCAGUUACUCCCAUGAUGGGCACAGCAAACGAAGAAACCCGGAGGUACGUUAUUUUGGGUUUCCCACAUGGAAAAGAUUGGAAGGAGAUCAAGUCUCCGAGGUGACGAGGAGACGCCGAAUGGCUUGGGUGGCUGCAGUCAGACGAAAGGAUAUUACUUUCGAAAACAUUCCCCGUUGGAUGAGAGUGUGUUCACUGCAUUUCCAUGAGGGUAAACCAUCAUAUGAAAUGCUGGAGAACCACCCUGACUGGGCGCCAUCCUUGCGUCUGGGUCACAAUGAGGUGAAGGAAACAGAUAAACAGAGAUUUCAGCGCCACGUAAAGCGCCGCAUGAGGAUUACUCAGCAGCUAGAGCAACAUCAGCAGCCACCAUCCCCAGGGCAGCAUGAAGAGGAGCUGCAGCUCCAGCACCCAGUGGACCAGCCCCUGUCCCCAGCACAGCAACAAGAGGAGCUGCUGUUCCAGCAACCAGUGGAGCAUCCACUGUCCCUGGUACAGGAAUGUGCAUUCUGUGCAUCUCAUCGAGAGGCCAUCAACAAUCUCUUGGAGGAAAACAGACAGCUGAAGGAGGAGCCUGAAGGAUACCAGAUGAAUGAAAACUUUCUGAGUGGUGAUGAUAACAAAGUGAAGUAUUACACUGGGCUUCCAAACUAUGUAGAGUUUCAGACACUUCUACUCAGUCUCACACCCUAUUUGCCACAAGAGCAGUUGAGAAAGCUUUCACCCUUCCAGCUUCUCUUGUUGACUCUUAUGUGCCUGAGACUAGACCUGCCAAUACAGCACCUCUGCUAUCUAUUUCAGGUGCACAGAACAACAGCUAGUGAUGCCUUUCAUCACACUCUAAGUGUGAUGUACUCACGGCUGUCUCCACUUGUCCACUGGCCAACCAGAGAAAGUUUAUUGGCUAGUAUGCCACACCAGUUUGUGGAAUCCUUUGGAAAAAAUGUGGCUGUCAUCGUGGACUGUUUUGAGGUUUUGAUUGAAAGGCCCUCAGAUGUACUUGCAGGGGCACAGACCUUUUCACAGUAUAAACGUGCACACACCAUGAAAUACUUGAUCGUGAUUACACCUCAAGGUGUAAUUUCUUUCAUUUCUGUGGGGUGGGGUGGGCGCACUAGUGAUAAAUAUAUAACAGAGUAUUGUGGUUUCCUAAACAAGCUGUUGCCAGGUGAUGCAGUGCUGGCAAAUAGAGGAUUUAAUAUCAGGGAAAGGGGGGGCAUAAUGUGGGCUGAAGUUAGGGGUCCUGCACAGCUGGAAGUGAAAGAUGUAGAGGAGACCAGGGCCAUUGCUCAUCUCAGGAAUUAUGUGAAAAGGGUUAUUGGUGUUGUGCAAAACAAAUUCAAAUUCUUGCACUCUACUGUACCUGGGAAUAUGCUUAUGACAUGUGAAGGUGAAAACGUAACAGAAUUGGAUAAGGUUGUUACUGUUUGCUUUGCCUUGACAAAUAUGUGCAAAAGUGUUGUGUGAGUGCUGAGAAGUACUUCGACAUAAUUCUGUUCACAGUUUUAACACUUGUCUACUUCUUUCUAUUUGUUUUGUGAAAUAAAUUCUUGCAAGAACUUUA